AUGGAAACAGCUCCUCUGACGCUGGCCCAUACCCAUGCCCGGAAUGCAGUUCUUGAAACUCGCAAGUCGAACCCCGUGGCAGCCAGCGAGGAACAUGACCUGGCAGCCGGCGAAUUUGCAACUGCUGCCCAAAAUAGUUCUAAUCGUGAAGCCCUACGAACCCUCCAUCUACUCGAACAGCAUCACAAGAAACUUGCUCAGAUCCUUCGUUUCCAACAUGAAAAUCCUCCUUCAGCAGGAGUGACUACCCCUCUCUCAACCCCGGAAUCCGGUAGACCGAAAGUGUCCCUUGCCGCUCCAGAUGCUCAACAACAACCCCCGAAGCUCGCAGGGAAUACUCGGUUGCCUACGAGAGAAACUUCGUCUAUCGCAAGCAACCUGGCGUCGGCGCGAGGGAUACCGUCGCAGCCACGCCGCGCUUCCCCUGUGUCACCAACACUUUCCUCUCAACAGGCAGGGGCCAAGAUGACAGAUGGUCCCGCAAGAAUCAAAACGAGUGACGCUCGAUUACGGGGAGCACAGCCAUCCAGUUCGAGAGACCGUUCGUAUCGUACAUCUACGUCCAAGCAACCCUGGGUUCCCCCGACACCCAGCCCAACCGAUGUCACGUCCCAGCAAUUCGUGCCCACUGAUCCUGGUGAAGCCUCCCACCGUAUGAAUCGAACCCCAGAUACAGAAGAACCUUUCCAACGGUUUUAUUCGACGUUUGGGGGCCUUAUUUCUAAGCUGUCGGCUCCAUUGGCAUUCGCGGGCCUUCCAUUAGGUUCAGAUAUGUCUGCACAGGCAGAGCAAAGCCGUAAAUCAACUGCAGAGACGAAACUAAAUCGACACCAUGCUACCUCUGAGCGCAUAAAUCAAUCUGCAGAGCCGGACGUCAGCAAGUUAUUCUCGCGGGCAGCAUUACAAGCCAUUCGAGACACACCUGGCGGGGGCGGGGGUGGAGUAGGAGGAGUUGGUAAUACCGCCGAGUCGUUCUAUGUUGUACCCACAACAGGAGGCACUAUCUCAUAUGCUGGGAUCUUAACCAGGGCAGAGAAAGAAGCUCGACGGAACAGUCUUGAGGAAGGCGACGAGGACUUUGUAGAUGCUCGGGAAACACCAUCAUCACCGGAAUUGCGCCAAAAUUUCGUGGGAAGUAAAGGCAAGACGGGCAGAGGCAACGACAAACUUAGCAAUUUACAGGGGCCAAAGAGCAUGGAAGAGCUUCAAAUGGAAAACCAAGCCCUGAGGCAUUUGUCCGAUACACUGUCCAAACGAUUGCAUAUGUGGGAAGUGAACGCUCAAUCAUCAUCCAUGGCCUUGCAACAAUCCUUAAAAGCAAUUCACCAUCAAAAUAUCCCAUCCCCAGAACAGCAACCUCAGGCUUCUUCUACAGUUGCCUCGCCAAUCGCGCCUCUCUCAGCACCGUCGACAUCUGACCAGGACUUACGCAUCAAGGAGCUUGAGGACCUGGUCCGUCGAAGCGAGAAGGACCUUGAAAAGGCCGGCCGCGAAAACGAGAAGCUAAGAAGUGUCCUCGGACGCUACCGAGAGCGAUGGGAGAAACUCAAAGAAGGAGCCAAAACCAGGCGAGCCGAGGGUAGAUCCAGCACUGACAAUACGGCCGUGAAUACUGCAACCCUUUCUUCAGCUACUGAUGUCCGCGGGAAUGAGCGCAGACCGUCCGGCGAAACCGAAAAUGAAGCGAAUUUGAACGACGAACCUGAUGUUAAGGCUGACGUGUCUGCCACGUAG